AUGCGGUCGCGUACAGGAUGUCAAACAUGCCGCCAACGAAAGCUCAAGUGCGACGAAAUCAAGCCAGAAUGUGGACAAUGUCGCAAAGCUUCAAGACAAUGUGUACUUAGCGACGGAGUAGUAUUCAGACAUCAACAAAAUGCUUCGAUGAACGGCGGUGAAGAUGUUAUUUCUGGUGAAAAAAGUGGCCGAUUAGGUGCAUUUUUUGCGUACAGGAAUACAUUUGAUGAGAACAGCAUUUGGGUUGAUGUGCCAAAGAACAUAACUUUCUUUAAUGUCAUCGAUCCAUACAACAUGGAAGCGACUCCUGAGCCUGAACAAUCCACAGAAUCUACCCUUCCCACCGCAACCACUAUAGACGAGACUGUUAAUGACGUUUCUACUUACCCCCAGUUUGAGGAAGCACCUGGUUUGGAAGCUCUUUCCACGGCGGCGACUACGAAUAUGGAAUAUAAGCCUCAAUUAUCGGUGCAUACACAAUCACCAAGAAGUCUCAACACUCCCCAGCACUCUGCCAAUAACCUCGACUUUAUAUUGAACCCUACAAGACCGGAAGCCCGUCAGAACUCACCCCUUAUUGAUCCAUCUCUAAGAUCACUCUCUAGGACGAACACUUUCUUCCGUGAUGCUGAUAGUGUGAGAGAGCAUGAAGUUGCGUUUCUAUUGAGACAUUUUGGAGAGACUACCGGACAAUGGAUGGAUUUAUUCGACCUCGGGUGCUACUUCGCGCACCAUGUCCCCAUUCUCGCCGUCUCGAAUCCUCUUCUCAAAUACUCAGUAUGCGCAUAUGCUGCCAAACAGCUUUCGCGUGUUGGGGGAAGAAAAGCGAUAGUUGGUGGCCUAGUCAGUGAGCAAGCACUUAUGGAGCUCUAUCCAAAUUCGGAUAAGGUCGACUGGGUUUACAUCAGUGCAAAAUAUUACGACAAAGCAAUUUCGCUCUUAGUAGAGGAGCUCUCCAAGUCAGGUGCAAAAGAUUUUCCUAGUACACCCACGAUCGAUGGUCAUUUAAAUUCCCCAGUAAAUAUUGAAUCACCACAGAGUACUCCUUCCCAAUCAAAUAAGCGACGGCGACUAUCGAAGCCGAUGCACCGUGACGCCGAUGAGACAAUUGCAGCCGCUGCUAUACUCUGCGUUUAUGAAUUUCUCGACAAUGCUUUACAUGCUUGGUCUCGACAUCUUAGUGGAACUAAGUCCUUGUUCGACCUAGCGGAAAGGGAAGGCAUGAUGCCUCUUCAUUCGCCUUCACCUAGCACUCCAGGAUCAUUAUCAUUUCGGACUAAGCCUUCGGUUGCCAGGAGAGCUACAUUUUGGAAUUUCGCCCGUCAGGACUUUCUGGCAGCUUUCAUCAAUGAAGGACAAACGCGACUCGACACAGAAGAUUGGGAUCUUUGGCGUGCGGCUGGACUUCUGAUAGAUGAUCAAGGAUUUGUUAUUCCAAGCAACAAGGAUAGUUCAUAUCCAGAGUUGCAGAUGUCUAUGCGUGAAGAUAUGAUUUCAAAUGCCUUGAUUUGGCUCAUGUCGAAAAUUGUUAAUUUUAUUGCUACCGGUGAUUCUAUCGACAAUGUCUAUCCUCAGGAUAGAGGUAGUCCUACCGCUGUUUUUGGUAUCAAUCAAAUGACUCUACUCGAAAGAUGGCACGAGCUGGCAAACGAGCUGGAAGUUUGGUAUCGAGGUUUACCAGAUACCUUCAAACCAUGUGCUCGUUUAUCGACAAUCACAGAUGGCAGCCUACCACAAGACUCACCGAGAACUGUAUUCCCAGAAAUAUGGUAUAGUAUUCCAAUGUGUGGCUCAACAAUGCAGUCAUAUCAUUUUACGAGGAUCCUCCUACUUACCAAUAAGCCCCACGAAUCCACUACAAAGAGAACAACCGUUUCAAACAGGCUCCACUCAUAUCGGUCUAUUGAGAUGGAGGUUCGCCACCAUAGUCACGAAAUCUGCGGCAUUGCUCUAGGAAGGCCGGAAGGUUCCGUGAGAAUUCACCAAGUGCAGCCUCUAUUUAUCGCAGGUCAAUGCUUGACAGAAACAAAAGAGCGGAAAGUAAUACUUGACUUGCUGAGGGACAUUGAAAUUGAUCUUGGCUGGGCGACUAAUUAUCGUGUCAAACAAUUGGUGAAAGAUUGGAACUGGCAUGAAAGUAUGAUAUGA